AUGAAGUUCCACGGAAGCCUCACGACAUUUACCGCUCUCAUUGGCCUCGCCCAUGCACUUCCAGCCGCUCAUCCAGCUGCUAUUCCAGCAGAAGGACUUACCACUGAAGACAUAAUCAAACUAUCUGAGGGUUAUUCGCCAUCCAAUUUCAAUGGAAGGAAGCGUGACGGAUGCCACUCCAAUAACGUCCUCCGUCGACUUCGCGACAAGCGAUAUAGCGAAAGCGCAAGCGCUUUCUGCUCCAAAUUUAUUCAAUCCACAAUCACGGACACCGUGCUUGUCCCGGCAACUAUUACGACUGAAGCAACGGAAACGCCACCACCUACGUUUGUAACAGUGACUGACGUCUCUAUUUUGACCGAAACAGAUACUUCCACCUCAACCUUAUUCAUCCCAACCACAGACGUUCCUAUCCCAAAUAUCGUAAAACGCUCCCAGAUCGCUUACCCUUCAUGGCUCUCCACUCAAUACUCUCCACCCCGUGUCUCUAGCGCUUGCUCCUGCUUCAUCGCCGCUCCUUCCAACCCCACCCACGUCACCAAUACCAUAGUCACGGGCACAGCGACUGCCUUCUCAAAAACCAUAACCCUUCCGCCUGUUGUCUCUAUAGUCACCGAGUCCGUAACCACAAUAACCACAAUAACCUCAAUAGUUGGGACGUCAAAGAUCAUAAACUGCAAGGUGACUCCAGCCUGUCGUACCGCCAGUGCAGAGCCUAUCGACUUUCUCACCGGUUAUACGUACGAACAAUGCAAGACACGAUGUCUGGAAACCGAAGGUUGCCUAUCGAUUCAGUUCGGGGUUGCGGGGAGCGUUCCGGGAGUAUGCCUUUUGUCAGCGUCGACUGUGGAGAAUACUUAUGGGGAAAUUAGUCGGGAAUCGCCAAUAUGCACCUGGUGGUAUAUGGACGAUGUGGAAUGUAUUUAUUUGGACUAA